AUGGACCUUUUGGAUAACCUUGAAGAUCGCGGGGGCAGAAAGUUCGAAGUCCAGUACAACACACAGAUCAUUGAUAGAGAUACACAGCAGGAUGUGGACAGUGAAAUAGAAACAGAGAAGAGCGAUUAUGAGGAAGGUUAUGCUGAGGAGGUCUCGGAUGAUAAUAUCCUAGACAAAGUGAAACAGAAGUUAGCUCAAUUAGAUAUGCCUGAGUCAAACAGCACCCAAAUGGGCGAACCAAGUUGGGAUUUCGGUAACUCGAUGCUUACUCAAACUCAAGUCAUACAUAAGGAAGUGCAACCCAAUCAUCAUCUUCCACAAUUGGACCUUAAUGACGUGGAAAUCGAACAAGAAACACAGCUGACUACCUUAAAGUCUCCUCUGUUGCAACCAUCAUCUCCAAUUGGAGAAUAUGAAGAUGAAACCCAAGUUAUCCCCCUUCUGAAAGAGGAUAGAAUGGCCAAGAUCUCUAAACUUGCUGAACUCAAGCGUGAACAGAGGCUAGCCAAGGAAAAGGAAGCAAAUGAGGAACAAAUGGAACGUAAACAUGAAAGCGAAUCACUCCUCGCUGAUAUCACACACACCACAUUGACAGACGAAGAAGAGGAUUUGCUAGAAGCAAAUCAAAGUGUUGUAUCGUCCGACUUGAAGAACCCUUCCGAUAAAAACUUGAAAGAAAUUGAAGAAUUUCUUCAAAUACAGAAAAGAUCUAGAAACUUACAACCCCAAUUUAAGAAGAAGAACGUUUUCACUGCUGAAAAUUUACUUCAGGAAUUCAAUGAUGAUGAAAAUGACGAAGAGCAGAGUGAAACUGAGUCUAAUAUUGGACUUCAUGAUGACCCCGAGAAUAAGAAUAGCCCUAUAACUUCACCAGUGAAAAACAAGGCAGAAAGAAAAUAUGACGACUUGGAAGACGAUAAUCAUGGACACCUACCAUCUGAUCCCAUCUCAGAGUACGCACAUAACUUGAAAACUCAGCUUUUGUCUUCCCCCUCGAAAAAAGAGUAUAAUGAGCCGAAAAUGAUUGAUUUGGAUAGCGACGAUGAUAGCAAUGGUGGGCUGGACGCUUAUGAUGAUAAGGAGAAUAAUGAAAUUCCUGCCCUUACAAAGGACGAAAUUUUACACAUCAAACAGAAAUACUUAUUGAAAAAGAUUAGUAGCAAUCCCAAGUCUAAAUUGAACCACUUACCUAAGAGUAUUAGAAAUUCUAUCAACAAUCAACAGAGGCAUAAUGAAUCCAAAAUCUUGAUAAAUAAUUUACAGCGAGCUAAUAUUAAUCAAUUGCAAGUUCAUAAAAAAUUCAGUCCGCUUCAUGAUGAAUUGAUUGAAAUGGAAAAGGAUGAAGAAGUCAUGGGAUCCUUAUUGGAAAGAGAGUUGGAACGAGUGAGGAACAUAAGGAAGAAAGAGAAACUAAUGGAGAAAGCAAAGAAUGCGCUAUUGAACGGAGAUGUUGAAUCAGGGUAUGAUAACAACGAGCAAAAUGAAGAUGUACCAGAUAGUGACUUUGAUCAAUCUUUCAAUGAAGAUGAAGACGAAGAUGAAGACGAUGAAGACGAUGGUGAUGAUGAUGAUGAAGUUGAAGAUAAAGAACUUAAAUCUCUGCAAGACUAUCAGGGUAUUGAUGACCUCAAAAGUAAAAGAAAGUCAAAAAGAGUCAUACUUUCAGAUGAUGACGAGGAAAGGAAGGAUGAUAGUUACAUGUUUGGUGCAAAGAGUAAUGACAAUGAAGAAAGCCUCAAUGCCCAUCAUGAAGGAUACAUCACGACCGGUAGCAGUGAAAAUAUUACCCCUACUACUAUAAUUGAUGACAUUCCUAUCGAGUCGCAGAAGUACGAGUUAUUUCAAAACUUAAAGGGGAGGAUAGACUCAACAAACAGUGAAACCCAAAAAUCAGAAUUUUUAGACCUCGAAGAUAUAAGUCAUCUCAGAGUUCCAUCGUUCCAAGAAAUAGAAUCUCAGAAGGAUGCUCAAGUUCUCACUCAACCUGAUACUACUCUUGCAACGCAAAUUGAUGGUCAAACUCAGAGGCUCCUGCAAGUCUCCAAAAACUAUGAGGAUGAUGAUGAUGACAUCACCCCAGCCAAUGUUAGAAAAGGUAGGAUUCUUAUAAGGAGGAACAACAUAUCUGAUAUUGAAGAGGAAGAUGAGCAACAAGAAAAAGAAGAAGAGGAGGAAGAAAUACCCAUGAACGAAGAAGAAGUGCAGGCUCAAAUUAAGUUGUAUGAACAGAAAAUGAGACGUCAAGAAUUGAAACUGAGAAAGAAAAGAAAAGAGAUGGAAAGAAAGGGUUUGAAGGACAUAGUUCAGGGUGAAGCUGAAGAAUCUGAAGAUGAAUGGCAUGGUUUGGGUGGAAUUGAUGCAGAACUUUCUGAUGAACAGGCGAAUUCCGAAGAUGAAAAGAUGAUUGAUAAUAAUUUCAAUAUUGAUUUGAAUGACGAAGAAGUUAGACGGAAAUUUAUGGAACAAUAUCAAAUCAAAGAUAAAAAGGAUUUGGAAAAAUUGCUUGAUGAUAUAAAGAAUCAUAAACUUACCAAGAGAAUUGGAUCAAAGAAUGGAUUCGACAUAGAAUUGAGUGACGAAGAAGACGAAUUACUCACUGCUUAUCGAAAACAAAGAAUGAUUGAACAAAGGGAAAGACUCAUGGAGAAUAAAAAGAUUCAAGAGCUUGCAAAAAACGAAAAGUCUAAAGCAUUUUUCACGUCUAUCCAAGAUUCCACUUUAGCUGUGAAAAUCGACAAUGAUGAAGAAAGGAAAACAGACUCUGAAGUUGAAAGUGCUGUUGAAGAAGGAGAGGAAUCGGAGAAAGAACUUGCUAUGGAGUUAGACACCAAGAAAAGGAAAACAAUUAAACUUAAGGAAUCAUUUGUUCAAAAACAAUUGUCAUUCCUUAGAACUAUGGGUGAUGACGAAGAAGAAGUCGAAUAUUUCAAACAGCAAAGAAUUUCUAAUAGACAGUAUGGGUUCGAUUCUGAUGAAGAAAAUUUGGAAGAUCUCCAGACAAUGAAGAGAAGAUGCAUGGAAAGCUUAGUACAAGGUAAGAAUUCAAAUAGUAGGAUAUCAAGUAUUAUUGAUGAUCGUGGUCGCCAAAAUAGUGCAGAAGCUGAAGAUACAGAUGCUGACCAAGAUGAAGAUGAUUCAGAGUUUAUCCCAAGUUUCAAAAGACCUUCUCUCGUUAAAUCAUUCAGGUCUAGCAAUGAAAUUGAAGUUGGUUCAUUUACUGGAGUAACCAUUAGAAAGCAUUAUAAAGCUGCAAAUGGAUCAAAUGCCUCAAUCUCAGGUGCUUCAUCUAACUCACUUAAAAAAGCAGCUGCAAAGACAAGUAGUUUGAAGGAAAAACGAAUCUCAAGAAGUAUAUCAAAUUCAAGAAAUGGAAGUGGACUAUUCCAAAGUAAUGGAUUUGAAAACUCAUGA